UGCCUAACAGGCGUGUGGGUGCCAGCUCCUCGGCCUUUUUCGUUUUCUUCUUGGAUUUGUUAUGCUUGUGGUGCCCAUCUAAACGAUCUGCACUUUUUCUAACUUCCUUAGCAUUGUGUUGGGCAGUUUACUUGCCUAUGGCUUUUGUAUUUAUUCCGGUGCUUAUAUUAACUCUCUCAUCACCUUCAAUCCUCUCUGGCUAACUCCGUUUUUGCGAUACACUUUACAUCAGUUCUGUUCAUGGGUUUCAACAUUGUACUGCAGAUUCUGCUUUGUGAUCAUCUGGAUAUUCUUCUGAGGAGUUUAUCGACCUGUUUGAUUAUCUGUCUACCACUCCACUAACUGUAGAUCUGUCUACUUCACAUCAUGCGUCUGAUGAAGAAAAAAACUAUACGACAAGUGAUUGUGGUGCUCGUAAUAGUAUCAGCAGUCCUGGCGCUGUUGAUCUCUUGUAUGGUUUCUAUUGUACAAGAGGCGCAGAGGGUCAGGAAGUUUCAGGUUCAGAGGAGGUGACAGGGAAAUGGACCCAAUGAUUGAGAGAAAGGACAAAAAGAACGAAGUGACUGAGAAGUUUAAAAAAGUUCUGUUGCAAGAUGUCGGUAAGAUGUACCCCAACAUGCUCGAUGGCUGCUAUUUCGUACCUCCAGUCUACUUCAAUAAACUUCGAUACACGAAGAAGUCUGUAGUCGGUCAAGUCAUCUACAUCCCUGACCCGCCCAACGACAGUUACGUCAGACACGACCGCGCCAUGAAGCACGUGCUGUACUGUCUCCAUCAUAUGGCAGAGCAUGGACAAGAGAAAAUGUUUGUCUUGACACAGUUCAAUUACAACGACUAUUUGAACAACCCCGGAGAGGAAUAUAGAAAACAUUUACUGCCUGUUUUCGAUAGUUUAAAGAAUAAAAACAAGGACAAGCACGUCGGCUGCUUUGAUGUGAUGAUUAUUCAUCGACAGUAUGGAGUAGUUAUCGGGGUGGUCAAGUCUCUGAGUGAUAAAGAUGACGGUAGAAAGGAAAGUGAACAGGAAACAGAUCACCAACUGGCCAAAGACAUUUCAGAAGGUAUCCAGCAACUGGUGAAGGCAGAUCGUGUGAUACAACAUUUCAUGUCAGAUCAGCAACAGUGUCCUCCAGUCCAACUGACGUUGAUGUUACCCAACGUUACGCGGUCUACGUUACAGCGAGCACUCAACAACCAUGCUGACGUGGCUAAGAAUUUACGUGAGUGUAUGAAAAAUAUGGAACCUCCGACUGAACUGUGUCUCUGUGCUGACGAUGUGUCAAAUCCCCUUUCGCCUUAUGACGUUGAUCCUACUGUGAUGAGUCAUCUGACAGAAUGGUGGGAUCGACUAAUGAGCAGUCCUGCAGAUGGUCCCGCGAUGAGUGAUGAAUUGUAUCAAACAAUGAUAGCGAGAUUCUGUGGUGGGGCCACCUCAUCUGGUUCAGACAUAUUCCGUGGAUCCAGUAUAACUCAGUUGCCUAAGACCCUAGAGCAAUCUGUUUCUGUGAUCGGAAGCCUGUUUGAGCGAAUCACGUUGUACCCGGGUAAUUUAGAACUACUAGACCGACCUCGAGUGUUGCUGACUGGACCACCCGGUACUGGAAAAUCCAGAAUGUUGGCGCUGGUCGGACGAAAAUGGAUAUCUGAGGGCCACAGUGUGUACAUCAUCAACACUCGAAUGGUGGUGGUGCAGCUACAAUAGAGUUAAAAAUGUUGCUGCAGCAGACACUUUCAACAGAAAGAAAUUCAGCAAAGGAUAUGGUCACCUCAUUUUAUUGCAAUAUAGACGACGACGAAAAAACAGAUGUGGCUAUUAGCAACGCUGAUAGCUGAUGCCAGUUGCACGGAAAAUACCGAUCUUUGCAGUUCUUGAUGAGCUGGGCAAUGACUUAGGGAAAUCAAAACAGGGUACAGCUUUUCUUCAAAAACUUCUUCAACUUCCAGAUCUUCAUUUAUGGGCAGCCACCAGUUGUUCUGACAUACUUCCAGAUGACUGCGAUGGUAGGAACCUCACUGAAACACUGAGUUGUCCCCCUUCAGUCGUACGAGAAGCAAAAAAAUAUGAUUUACCUGGUAUGUCACUGUACACCGACAGCAAUCGUCAGGCACCGACCGACGGCCUACCUGUGAAGAACAUUCAUCAUCAUGGUCAAUGGACAUCAACAUAAGCAGCCACGUGACUGCAAGCGCCUGUGGAGAGGCAAUAGUCCAGUUCUUAAAAGCAUGUGUUCAUGAUAAAGAUGUGUGCGUGAUUACAAAGAACACGAAUCUCACGAGUGACCAAGCACCAUUGAGACAACCUCCAUCUGUUCAGUGGAAAAACAUUUUGAUAAUCUUUGAAAAACAAUUUACCGAAGACAUGCCAGUAAUGAAGUGUCUUCUGGAUUCAGGAAUCCCAGUACAGAUCAUCAGUUAUGAGAACCAGGAGAACAUACUUACCAGUGACCACAACACUGUGUUGGCAGCAAAAGCCGGCUUUCUUUGUGGGCUUAAAAGAAAGGUGGUUGUGUACGUGGAGGGUUCUAUAAAUAGAUCUGAUGACUCCGCGAAGUGGACCCGAGUUCGGGGUAUCACCAGCUGUACAUCACAACUGGUUGUCGUCCGCAUGGCCUAACAUUCAGAUUUGUUUCUCACACUUUGUAGAAUGUGUCAUGCUUGUAUUAGGGAAUGAAUAAAACAAAUGUGACUUAUGCAAAUAAUUAUUCAUUUAUAAAUUUAUAAAAUGUAUUUGUCCUUUUUCUUGAGAAAAGAACAUCUCAUUCUAAAUACCUGGUGACAAACCUGCACUCAGGAACUAUUUUUAUAUCUGUGUUUAUAUUAGAAAAAAAGCUAAAUAGUUGAAAACUGAACGUUAUUUUUUGUAUACAUGAUACAAGUCAUUAACAUAUUACUAAUAUUUUAAGAAGCUUUACCUGCUGUGUAUUCCAUAUUCUAUAUGCUUUCUGCGUAACUAAAAAAAAACGAAAAAAAGGAAAUAUCAUUUGCAAAAUAGGGUAAUCUGUAAGUAUAACAAAUAAUGCUCUGUAUUAUUGCAUAAUAUGCAAGAAUUCAAAGCUUGUUUUUAUGCACAAAACUAAAUACUGAAAGUUUGCAAAUGAAGUGUCUGCUAUAUUUAUAUAGCACAUGUCAAAACAGAAAGCAGUUUCAUUCAUCCAAAAAAGUGUAUGUUACCAUUUUUUUUUACAAAAUGUUGUCAUCAGACUUAUAUAACUUACUGUUAAACUGUGAAAAAGUUUUUAUUUUUGGACAAAAGUUUAUGCUAUUGACAGGGUCAGGAGCUACUGAGCACAUGUGCAUAUAAUUAAGUUUAUAAUUUAAGUUUCUAUAAUUAUAAUUACAGUACAUGAUAAACGUUUUUAAAAAUAA